AUGGCUUCUUUCAAGAGGAUCACUUUCGCCCUUCUCUCCCUCCUUACCACCUCCUUCGCCCAGACCUUUACCGACUGCAACCCGAUGGAGCGAACAGACUGUCCGGACAUGACUGCCUUGGGCGUGUCCAACUACACUAUUGACUUCACCAAGAGUAUCAUGUCGGAUCGCGUAUGGAACACAACAGCAGGCACAAUUGAUUACGAUACGUCCGGCGCCGAGUUCACCAUCAAUCAGCGUGGUGACGCCCCCACUGUCAAAACCGAGUUCUACCUCUUCUUCGGACAAGUCGAGGUUAUUAUGAAAGCCGCUCUUGGGCAGGGCAUUGUUUCUUCCAUUGUGUUGCAGUCCGAAGAUCUAGACGAGGUGGACUGGGAAUGGAUUGGAGGAAAUGAUUCAUAUGUGCAGACCAAUUACUUCGGCAAGGGUAAUACCACGAGUUUCGAUCGCGCCAUCUGGCAUCCCGUCAGCAACCCUCAGAAUGAGUGGCACAACUACACCGUGGACUGGUCACGGGAGAAGUUGGAAUGGUUCAUCGACGGACAGUCCAUCCGUGUGUUGAACUACGAAGAUGCCAAUGGAGGUUACAACUUCCCUCAAACUCCUUGCACCGUCCGACUUGGUAUCUGGGCUGGUGGCGACCCCAAGAACCCCAACGGUACCGUUGAAUGGGCUGGUGGAGAAACUGACUACGGCGACGUGCCUUUCACAAUGACUGUCAAGUCCGUCCGUGUAUCCGAUGCCAGCAGAGCUACACAGUAUGCUUGGGGCGAUAAGUCCGGCAGCUGGCAGAGCAUCAAGCUCCUCAACGACACCGAGCCCAUCAAACUCGACGGCGAAAACUCUGACUCCACCGUGCAAACCAUGGAACAGAAGUGGAAUGGCUUGGCCCCGACGACCAAGUAUAUCAUCAUCGGUGUUGUGGUGGGCGUCGUCAUCCUGUGCAUUGCAAUUUUCACCUUCUGCUGCAUCCGCCAACGACGCGCGGGCAAGCACGAGAAACUGAUCGAGGACGCCAAGUACGAGAAGAACACGGCUGAAGUCCUCGCCUAUCGCGCCGAUAUGUCCCGCCUACGCAGCGAGAAGAUGAUGGCCACUCGGGUCCAUACCUCCCCCAUCAUGGGCAGUGCCGGUUCCAUGUACCAGAACAAUGGCCAGACUCAACCCAUGGUGGGUGGGAUGAGCCCCAAUCCCGGUUACGGGUAUGCGCAGAGCGUGAGCACCUUUGGAAGUGGACGGGGUUACCAGAGGUUCUAA